CCCGACCAUCCAACCACCACGAAAAAAAAAUCACAGCAGGUUGUUUUUCUAAACCUGCUUCACCGCCCACCGAAUGUUCGUCUCCGCGUCCAUACCUUCCCGGGAUCUUCGGAUGGAACAGGCCAACAGUCAACACCAUGUCUUCGGAGCAAGAUUAUCAAGAUCUUUUCGGUCCUCAAGCUAAGAGGGCUAAACGUGGUCGACUCCAGACCGACAAGUCGGCGAAUGCCAUUCGAAUACGCGAUAAUCAACGACGAUCACGCGCCCGCCAUAAAGAGUUCGUCGACGAGUUGCAGCGCAAGGUCCAGGACUACGAGAAGCGGGGGACUCAGGCCUCUUUGCAGAUGCAAAAGGCUGCUCGAGACGUUGCCUUUGAGAAUUCACGACUCGCGACCGAGAAUACUCGUCUGCGCGCCCUGCUCGUCAGCAAGGGCGUAUCGAAUGGAGAGGUGGACGCACACUUGCGAUCAUUCGAUGACGAAGGCAGCAAGGGCUCGCCCAGUGCGUCAAACAUAACGACACUCGCUCCCAUCCUCAACACGCCCAUCCUCCUCGAACCAUCACCGACCCAAUUGCCCCCGCUACAAGAACACUUUGGCAAGGCGAGCUUCUCGUCCGAGACGGAGAACGAGCACCUAGCAUCCAAGAGAAAAUUCGGGGACUCGCUGCUCCCGCCGGUGCUCACCCUUACUCCAACUCCAGAUGUCCAACAAGCCUCCCCUCUAGACAGGCUCGCCGUGCUCGCCGACGCUAGUCUCAAUCGCUCCUCCCAAACUGGCUCGGCACCCAACACUGUCUCGGAACCCUCCAGGAGCCCGCAUCCCUAUCAUCGUCGGAGUGAGUCACCUCCCCGUCCCUUGGAAUCCCAUCGGCAGCUCCCAUCGGCUGCCUCGCCGCUGGAAAUGUCUUGUAAUGCUGCUGCACGCAUCAUUGCCGAUAUGCAAGGACACGGCGACGAUCGGGCUACUCGACUGGCUUUGGGCUGCGGCGUCCAGGAUGAAGAAUGUUUUGUUAGAAACACGUCUGUCUUCCGAAUGCUCGACCAUCGAUGAUGAGGCCAGCCCAAAUGAUCAACCACCUCGCGACAAGCCACGGCUCCUGGGUCGUUGGCCCAUGGUACCUUGGGUGCUAUCUGUGCAACUCUACUCAGUUAUUUUUGUCGUUGGUAUGGAUAUCCCGCGCAACAUCAACGCGUGUGGUUAUCCGAAGACGCAGCUCCAAGGGCCUCGGCUGCGCCUUGGUACCGCCAGUCCAUCUGCUCUAAAGCUGAUGGGACCGGUCGAGUGCGACUGGCGAAAGUUUGUUCCUCAAUCGGUGGUAUCUAUCGACCGGCUUUGCAGGCAGACCUAACAGGUGCGCUCGACUCUGCUUGGCACAUAAGCACGGCCGCCAACAGAGAUCGAGGAUAGACCGUACAAGCUGAGGGUAGUCUCACGAGCCGCACGGCAGAUUGACCGAUCGCGUUUGAGAAAGCCCCCCUUCCGCGACUCUUGGGCAAACAUGCUUCGCUCGAAUUUGAUACCCUCACCUUUUCCUGCCUCUAUGUGUCCGAGAACUCUUCAAGCAACAUACCAAUCGAAUAUCGAGUAGCUGUAUCGUUUACUGUGCGAAGUAUUCGGAGUCGAGGAAGCUCGCAUUGUGCUUCAUCCUGCGAUCGCUCCGGAAGCGCUCAGGUAGCUGUCAACAACCUUCACCCGUUGUGUUUCGAUGGUGUACCUGUUCGAGUUAUCAAAGACACCGCGCCGAAGCAGCCUGUGGACUCAUUGCGUCCUGGGCCAUCGCGCGACUGUGCCUAGCAUGGCUUGAGCGAGUUCACGAAUCCAGAAUCAUGGCAAUGGGGAAUGGUGCAUCCUAGAGCGACACCAUUCGAGUAAUUGUUACCUAUCUGUACAUGUAAUCUUAUAAUGUAAAAGGCCACGAAGCCAUGC